AUUUGUACUGCUGAUGUUGUUACUAAAAUUCCCAAUCGUUUCCGAAGAAUUAUAGCUUUAUAUAUUUAGAUCUACAUUAAGAGAUAUGUGACAAAACAAGAUGCACUCUUAGUGGUAAAUCAGAUAAAGAUGUUCAAAGACUUCCCCAUAUUCACUAAACGAUCAGUUUGUGAACCUUGGAUGAAAGAUAGAAAUAUGCAUUACUAUCAAAUGUUGUACUGUAGACAAUGCCACUGAUUGGUGAAUCUCUAUUUAGAAUGGAUGCAAUGUUCUGAAUCUGUGCUAGAUAUAACAGUCAAAACUCAGCCUGUGGUCUACAGAUUGUACGGAGUUAAGAACAUCGCUUAGAGUUCAGAUCCAAUGUAUAGAUUAAGAAAUAGUAGAAACAGUUGACAUGGUUGAAGGAAAUCAAAAUGACUUUUGCGCCAAACAACACCCCAAAAACAAAGUCAAAGUUAAAAAUGGAUACAAAUGUAAUGUAUAGUGCCUAGAAAUUAAUGAAGAAAAUAGAGCCUGACAUAUUGGUUGUACGAUGACAGGAAUAUGAAUAUCUUUAAAAAAAUCGACAAUUGUGUUGGAAAGUGAUAUAACUAAUGAAAGAAGUGGAAAUGCAAAUAUCAAGGAGACCUAAGGCAAGUCAUGUUUCUAAGAACAGAUAAUGCAAAGGAAUUAGGAAUGAAAUAUCGUGUCAAAAUGGAAGAAGAUUUCGCACAAACUACAGUAACUGUUGAUAAAAGUGGUAAUGAAUCAUAUAAGAUGACAGGUGCAUUAACUGGAGAAGAUAAUGAUUCUGUGCAAAACAUAAGAAUUAAAACUGAAAGUGAAACUAACCAAGUGACUGAUCCAGUGCUCGUUAAUCAGGAUGAGUUUUCGUUAAAACUACCGAUUAAAACUGAAAGUAUAGUUCAUGAUUGUCCUGGGAUUACAGAUUCUGACUCAGAAUUUUCUACAAAGUGCACAAAUUGUGAACAUUGUUUCACAGAUUAUUUGCAGUACUUGGAUCACAAACUUUUAUGUGUAGCAGGAAAAAUCCCAGACAAUAGACUUGAAGUGAAGACAGAGGCAAAUGAAAUAGCUGAAUUAUAUUCUAAUAACACUCUCCAAAGUGGGGAAAAUGUAGAAGAAACUGAAACUUUGCCAGGGAUUGAAAAAGCGGUUUACGAAACAAAUUACAAAGACAGCAAAUGCAGUUUGGCUACAGAGCAACAUGACACUAUUAGCAAGCACAACAUACCAACACAAGCCGUGCCUCAGUUACUUAUACAGAACAGGGCUUCGAAAACAGAUAUGCUUCGUUCAGAAACACAAGCUCAGGAAAUUCUCAUUACAUGUUUUUAUUGCAAUGAGCCAUUUUUACAGAAUGACAGAGUACCAUAUAUGCAGCACGUACAGAAACAUCUGAACAAGGUGAAUAAGGUUGCUAAAACAGAUGUGGAAAAUGAAAUCAAGAUUCUUAACGAUUAUUUUAGGAAUGUGUUUACCAAUACCGUGGAAAUAUUUGCUACAGUUUGUAGGAAUGGACCUUGUAAUUUUAUAUUUGUUGAUAAGUCAGCUUCUGAAAAACAUUACCUUAUGGUACAUCAGGGUUACCAGUUUGUUUGUAACAAGGUUGAUUGUCAUAAAGUGUUCCCUGACAAGGGUUCAUUACGGUCUCAUGAAAUUGUUGAUCAUACAAAGGUAGUUCAAGUUUUUCAACGUGACGCUUUGAAUAAGGCAAGUGGAAACAAUCCAAAGCCUGCUUCUAUUGUCAUCGUGAGUUUUGCAAAAGCAAAGUCACUCAAGUCCAAAAAGAAUGUUGAAAAUGCAUGUGGAAUGUGUGGAAAAAAAUUUCCAACUUCUGUAGCGCUAAAAUCGCAUAUGAUAUGUAAUCAUUCAGUUAUGUCAAAGCAGUGUGAUAAUUUGGAUGGUAAUGGUGCUGUCAGUGUUGCAAAAGGAGUAAAAGAAGACUGUAUAAAGAAUGACUAUGAGCAGAGCAGAGAUGGACAAGCAGAUAAAACUAGCGGGUGUGAUAAAGACAAUUCUUUUAAAGUGAUUCAUGCAAAUAUGGAAUAUAGUGAGACACAUGCUAGUGGAUUACAAACUUGUAAUAGAAUGUUUUCACCAGUUUCAGGAAAUUCUCUUAAAAAUAAGAAAGAGUUAAUGGAAAAAGCUGCAACAACUAGAAAAGCCGCCAGCAUUUCAGGAACAAUGAUUGAUCAAUUUAAACAGAAAGGAAACAAGAAUGUACAGAAUGUUUGUCUAAGAAAUAAAAACAAAGCUGUAAAAAUGGAACACACUUUGGGGGAAAUGUGUGUCAGUUUUAAAAAUGCUGGUGAAGAUUUUGAUAAUGUCAGUUUCAAAGACAACAUUAAAGACAGAACUGACUGCUCACUUAGAAAUAAUGUAGAAACGAAGGGUACAAAAAGACACUCUUCUGUACGCUACAAGACAUUUGAGCAAGCUGCAUCUGCUGGUAAGAUUAGAAAGACAUAUAAAAUGACACGACAGUCCAAUACCAUGGAAAUGUGUGCAAAAAAUGGUACCGAAUCAGGUGACUUUUCGGCAGAUAUCGGUAAUAGUCUUGGAAAACCUGAAAACAAAAGAAAAAAACUGAAUGAACCUGAUUACUUACCCACAGCCUCAGAGAGCUUUGCGGUACAAAACAAAGUUGCAAGAAAAUUCAGCGUACGAAAUAAAUACUUAGCAGUUUCUCAAAAACCUAAAGAUAAUCAAAUAGAAAUUUCAGCUGGGAUGAAUAAGUCAUGUAAAGAAGUUCUUGAAAAAAAUGAUGACAUUACCAUAGAGAUCAACGACAUUCCAGAUGCUGCUAAGUACAUGAGUGAUAUUAUGGAUACAGACACCAGUCAAGUGGAAAGUGCAGACAAUGGAAAGGGUGUUUGGGAUCAGCGAAAGAAUAAUUCAAAGUUGGAAGUUAGAAAUAAAAGGGAAAUAGAAAACAUUGGAGUAACAGGGGUGUUUGGAGACAUGAAUGUAAAUAACAAAAAUGAUAAGCAGCAUGAUCGUUUGAAAGGGGAUUAUAGUUCUGAAAAUGUCAAAGAAACUGAGUCUUUGUAUGCUAAAAAUUACAAGUACCCAUGCAUAUUAGUAGGUUGCCAUUUGCAGUUCUGUACAAAUGAAGAAAGAGUAAAACAUAUAAAUGAACAGCAUGUUGACAAAGUCGUAAUUACCAAAAAUGAAGAAAAUCAAUGUAGCAUGUUCCCAUGCAAAAGUAAAGGUUGUAAACAUACGUUUCUGACCAGUGAAGAGCGAAGAAAGCAUGUUGAAGAAAAUCAUAUGGCUUUUGAUAGUUCUGAAAAUGUCAAAGCAAUUGAGUCUUUGUAUGCUAAAAAUUCCAAGUACCCAUGUAUAUUAGUAGGUUGUCAUUUGCAGUUCUGUACAAAUGAAGAAAGAGUAAAACAUAUAAAUGAACAACAUGUUGACAAAGUCGUAAUUACCAAAAAUGAAGAAAAUCAGUGUGGCAUGUUUCCAUGCAAAAGUAAAGGUUGUAAACUUAUGUUUCUGACCAGUGAAGAGCGAAGAAAGCAUGUUGAAGAAAAUCAUAUGGCUUUUGAUACAUCACUAAUUAAAUUUAAGUGCACAACUCCUGGGUGUUUCAAAGGAUUUUACAGGAGAAAUGACUUACUUGAACACAGUCGGAACUGUACAAAUGUGCUGAGUAUAAAAUCAAGGAUUAUAUCAUCUGAUAAUAGUAUUUCAGCAUCAGGAAAGAUGUGCUCGGGACUAGAGAUGGUGUUUUUAGAAAACACAACUGCUUUCAUACUUUCCAGUGGACUUGAUGAACUAAAAAAUAUCAGUGAAGCUGUAACGAAUGCAGUUGAUGAAAGUGUUAAAGGAAACUUAUAUGGCUAUUACUGUCCAAUAUCAUAUAUGUGUAAUUAUGGUAGUAAAAAGAAAUCAGACAUUUUUGAACAUUUAAAAUCGCAACACAAUUUGGAUUCCAAGAAAGAAUGUCCCGAUUCUUAGAAAAAAGGAAGGCAAAUUGUUAUUACCUUAACUGUUCCGAAAUAGUUGUUCAGAUAACUACUGCAGUGGAUGUAAAGGCAUUUUGCUAGAACUUAACAGAAAAGUAUCUUUAUAUUAUAGGAACUUCUGCAUUUUAUCAGGACGUAACGCUAAUGUAUCAUUCUCAGUUAAGGAAUUGUGGCCCUCUGAAAUUCUAUACAAUGUUGCAUAUUGCACUUAACUAAAGUAAACAUAGCCUUAUAUGGAUAACAUCCCAUGAUUGUGGUUCUGAGACGAUCUGUGUAUGAAAAGAAUUGGAACCACUGCCUUACUGUUGCAUGAUCGUAAAAGGUGACUAAUAGGGCCUUAACACUUGAUUUUGCUGUAACUCUGUGAUUCCAUCAGGUAUGCAAAUUUUGAUUCCAUACCCUCAUGUUUUUGUUUUGAUGUAAAUGAGAUGUGAUUACAGUGAAACUAAAAUUUGUACUCAUGUUUGGCGCCAUUUAACCUAUACUGUGUUGGUGCGACGUAAACCCCAAAUGAAUAAAUAAAUAAUC